AUGGUGCCCAAACCGUCGAUCACCGAGCUUACGAACAAGAGAAACAAGGAGAGAGCUUUCCUACUGAGGGUUUUACAGCCACUCGAAACUGCCAUCAAUAGUUUCGACCUCAAGGAAGACAAUGAUGCAGCCCGAAGAGCAAUCACCGUCAAGAAGACAUACCUGAGAAGGCAACUCGAUCUACUCCUUGCAGCGAACCGAAAGCUAAUUGACAUCCUUGACGCCAAAGACGAUAUCGUCAUUGAAACACUGGAUUACGAACAGCACAUCUCCGACCGAUGCGAGACCGUCCUGCAAUUUAUUGAAGAUCUACAGACAGCCCACCGAAAGCCGCUGAUUCAUGUACACGACUCGCCAGUCACCGCAUCAACUCGACACCGAUCGGUGCAGCUUCCGAAGUUGGAAAUUACCCCAUUCCAAGGAGAUCCGCUACGAUGGACAGAGUUUCACGAUACCUUCAGAUCCGCAGUUCAUGAUGACGGACAAUUAUCAAACGUACAAAAGCUCACAUAUUUGAGGAGCUUUCUUACCGGCGAAGCCAAACGGACAAUCGAAGGGCUUCAGACUACGGACGCCAAUUACCUUGCUGCCUUGGAUUUAUUAACAAACCGCUAUGGUCAACGACAGACGAUCAUUAAUUCGCACACGAGAUCAUUCUGGGAAUUAUCACCGCCUUCGCAUACACCAGCCAGCCUCCGCCUAUUUCAUGACGAGAUUGAAACCACGAUACGAGGACUGACUGCGCUUGGGGAAAAUCAGGACAAUUACGGUAAUCUACUCGUCCCCAUGAUUAUGAACAAAUUACCCAUCCCAAUCCAACAGCAACUUGCGAGAAAUCACGAGGAAAAAACGUGGAAACUGAGCGAAUUGAGCCAAGCACUGUGUCGCGAGGUAAGAGUUUUAUCAGUGGGAAAAAACUUGAACCACGGAGCCGAGUCGCCCAAUUCUUCGAUCGCUGCGUUCUACACGCAAACAGCCCAUCAGAGGGGUAGAGCUUUGCAAGACACCGCAACCACCCGCCAAAUCGAUGGAAACAAUGUCGCCAACUCACGUAACAAUCGCGAUAGAAGACCGCGCCCACCUCGGAGAAGGUGUAUUUAUUGCGACGAGCAACACAACCCGUCUACCUGCACUUCAGUGACACACGGUACGAGGUUUUACCCAGAAUUCAACACGUUCUGUACCAACGCAUAUUGCUAUGCGCAGAACUGA